AGUAGCAGUUAAACAAUUUCUUUAUAUAAGUAGAUCCACUACGUAAUAGAUGAAAGAAUCCCUUGUUUCACUUUCACUUCUAUCCCAUAAUCUGACCUUUUGGCUUUCUUUUUGUUUCCGUCUAGUUCAAGCAAGAAUUUGAUCACUCGUAAGUGGGGCUCGCCAUCCGUCGUCUGACUGUGCUCUGCGACUUUUUUCCGCAAGGACAGGUGUUCUUGGAUUGAUGUCCAACGAAAAAGCAAGCCUGCAGCCAAUGUCGCAUUAGGGAAGGGAGCAGUCUAUUGUAGCGAGUUUUUUCCUGUAAGUUUCAACCUUUCUGUAGCGGACAUGGGUUCAAUCAACGGACACGCAAUCAGCGAUAGGCUUGAUUGAUCGUACUACAUAGAAGCCGUUACGGAUAGCGAUGAUUGGCAUUCCACUCCUUAUGACACUGAGUGUGUCGAUUCCAGGAUUCGGAUUAGAGCGACAUUCCUCAUUCAGUGGUAAACCUUACUAAGGAUGUUAGGGUAUUUUUCAUAUGUGUGGUCCAGCUUUUUUAAUCAAAAAACGCUUUCGCAAACACACUACUAAAAAUUAUCGACCUACAGAAAAGCAUGGUAGCAGUAUUUUGGAUCUCCUACUCGUCCCAUCUCAUCCGGUUUUUAACUGAACUGCUAACUCUUUCGGGCGAUUACUCUUUGAGCGAUUUGGCUUGGCCACUGCCACUAAAGAAAGAGCUUUGUUUUGGCUUUUGACCAAGAUAAGGAGCUAGCCACAAAAGCUAACAUUGAGAGAAGGUAAACCUUUAGGCAUGACUACCCUGCUGUGCUCGUAAUCAGCUUAAAGCAUAUAACAUUUGAAUUGAAGGCAGCCGUCUUACAAGAUGAGCUUUUUAAUCUCCUUUGUAGGGAAAGGACUCUUGAAUAAAGUCUCCAACUUUCU